AUGAGUAGUUCAGAUAGAAUUGAACUUUCGAUUGAUCCCGGAACUUGGGAUCCUCUGGAUAAAGAUAUGAUAUCUAUAGACCCCAUUGAUUUUCGUUCAAAAGAGGAACCUUAUGGAGAUCGUAUCGAUUCUUAUCAAAGAAGGACAGGUUUAGCUGAUGCUAUUCAAACAGGCAUAGGUCAAAUAAAUGGUAUUCCCGUAGCAAUUGGCGUUAUGGAUUUUCAGUUUAUGGGAGGUAGUAUGGGAUCCGUAGUAGGCGAGAAAAUUACUCGUUUGAUCGAGUAUGCUACUAAUCGAUCUCUACCUGUCAUUAUUGUGUGUGCUUCUGGAGGAGCACGCAUGCAAGAAGGAAGUUUGAGCUUGAUGCAAAUGGCUAAAAUAUCUUCUGCUUCAUCUAAUUAUCAAUCAGAUAAAAAGUUAUUCUAUGUAUCAAUUCUUACAUCUCCUACAACUGGUGGAGUAACAGCCAGUUUUGGUAUGUUGGGGGAUAUCAUUAUUGCUGAACCUAACGCCUACAUUGCAUUUGCGGGUAAAAGAGUAAUUGAACAAACAUUAAAAAAG